CGCAACAGAAAACUGACCAAAUGUCGACUUGGUCACGAGCAGUGUCGUUUUUGUUUGGCACAGGCAAUAGGGAGAAUGACACAACUCAUGUCAAGGACGUGGAGUUGGCUGUAUUCGGGAAAGAAACCAGAGACUUGUUGGUGAUAUUCAAAAGGCAUUCCACGGACAAUGAGAGAUUAAAACAGGAGAGUCUGAGGAAUGCCUUGGAAAAUAUAGGACUUUAUCCUUCAGCUUCACAAGUCUGUGAGAUGGUCUGUUGUGCCAGGGGGACCUCAGACUUAUCGGACCGUGAUUACCUGACGUUUGGAGAAUUCUGCGUUCUCACAGCAGAUCUUUUGGGGCAAUACCAGAACAAGCCGACACUUCCGAUGCCGCUAUCACAGAACCUGGAUCGGAGAAUUCUCCAAGAAUGUCGCACCAAGAGAGCAGGUAACGUGGCACACUUUCAAGUAUUCCUGGGUGGCUCCUGUAACCCGACCACGUGGAGACGAGAUGAAGCCAUUCCAUUCCUCAAGGAGCAUGAUAUCACCUUCUAUAAUCCUCAGGUCAGCCAUUGGUCCCCAGAACUGAUAGAGUUGGAGGAUCAAGCCAAACAGGUGGCGGACCUAUUGUUCUUUGUGAUUGACAACCAGACGCGAGCGACAGCAUCGCGUGUGGAAGUGGCUUACCUCGUUGGCUGUGGGCGUCAGAUCAUUGUCGUGCUGAAGGAUUAUGAGGGCCCGGGUGUUGUCGUGAAUGGGGAGCAGAUAUCCAGCUGUGAGUUCCGCCAUCUACAGCAGUGUCAGGCCGUGUUAACAGAUCUCCUCGAGAGACUGAGUGUGCCAGUCUACCAUAGCACUGAGCAGGCUCUGGAUGGCAUAGUUACCUGUAUACGACAGGGUAUGAAGGUGCAGGAGUUAGGGACAGGUCACCGGGGACACCCAGUCAAGUACGGCCACCUCACAGUUGGACUUGAACUCUUGAGAUUACGGAAUAUAUUUAAUUCGUUUGAUAGCAAUAAUAUGGGUAAACUGAGCAUACAAGAGGUUUGCUUAGCAUAUAGAUGUUGUAUGAUGGACACACUGGAUUCUCAUUGGCUGAGCAGGUUAAAAGGUUCUGACAAAGCUACCUUUACUUUUGAAGAGUUCUGUUGUCUGAUGACAGAGCGACGGUUGUCCCAGCAUCGAUCAGUUUUGAAAUCAGUAUUCCACAAGUUUGUCAACGGUGUAAAGUGGUUGUUUGGUCAGUCCAGUGAGGAGCAGAAGCCUAAGUCUAACAUUCUAGAGCCUAAAGACGUGUUUUUGGGGGGAAGCUUUAAAGACAAUGACUGGAGAGAGAACAUAGCAAUACCUACACUCAGGAAACAUGGUUUGACGUACGCCAGUCCGCAGGCCCCUGACGAGGAAUGGAUCGCUCACCUGGCCCCCUCUGAAGCCGUCCUACGCGAGAGCUGCAGACUGAUGCUCUAUGUCAUGGGAGAUAGCUCUCGUGGGUGUGCCAGCCUAAUCGAAGCCGGUUAUUAUGUAGGGCAAGGAUGCAAUAUGGUGCUUUGUAUCAAAAACUUACAAGAUGGUGUCGUUAUUGAUGGUGAAAAGCUGACAACUGAAGCUGUGAAGGAUUACAACCGCAGUCGAAUGUACCUGAGCGACAUUGCUAAUCGUGAGGGUGUGCCUCUGUUUGACAACAUCGAAGAGGCGCUGGCGUGUGUGGUAGAGAAGUCAAAGGAGAUCAGGACUCAGAGCGAGACAAGCUGAAAUUGAUGUCAGCAUGAUGUGGCCAAUGGCAGUAGACUCUACAACUAGCAAAGAAGGAGGCAAUAGACUCUACAGCUGAGAAUGAAUGGGGCAAUAGACUCUACAGCCGGGAAGGAAGGAGGCAAAAGACUCUACAGCUGGGAAGGAAGGAGAUAAUAGACUCUACAGCUGGGAAGGAAGGAGAUAAUAGACUCUACAGCUGGGAAGGAAGGAGACAAUAGACUCUACAGCUUGGAAGGAAGGAGACAAUAGACUCUACAGCUGGGGAGGAGGGAGACAAUAGACUCUACAGCUUGGAAGGAAGGAGAUAAUAGACUACAGCUGGGGAGGAGGGAGACAAUAGAGUUAGGAAGGAGGGAGAUAAUUGAGUCUACGGCUGGGGAGGAGGGAGACAAUAGAGUUAGGAAGGAGGGAGAUAAUAGACUCUACAGCUGGGGAGGAGGGAGACAAUAGAGUCAGGAAGGAGGGAGAUAAUUGACUCUAUACAUGUGGCUGUAAUAGGUGAACAGGAUCAAGGGACUUAAAGGAUACAUGAUUAGGAAUUCUAAAAUGAAGAGGAUGGUUUUGUUAAGAAAAAUGAAGAAAAUUAUACCCAAAAAAAAACAAUUUCAUUUUUGAGGCAUAUUAUAUGCAUGUAUCUGAUGUGCUCAGUUGUCGUCAGUUUUCUAAAAUGAC